UUUCAUUUUUGAUUUACAGAUAAUGACCUGGUUUCUGGUUUCCCAGUUUACAAGUCAGAGGAUGAGUUAAUUUUUCCAAAGAUGGUAGUACAACAGACUGCUACUCACUUUCUAAAAGGAAGAAAAUGAAAUGUGUGUGGUGAGGUGCAAAAGAUGAAGCAAGCAGCAUUAGAAAAAUUGUAAAUGGAUUCUGGCAGCAUGAAUGUUACUGAUAGUACAGCUGUAAUGACAACUGAAGCUAAUCACAGAGUCCAAGAUGUAGAAAGUCAGACUCAUCAAACUGGUAAUUCUGAGUUUAGCAGAAAAAGCAGUAACAUUAUGACCUGGGAAAUUUCUAGCCCAUGUCUUCAUUCAAAGGAAGAGCAGUCGGAUGACCACAGCCUUUCACCAGUUAUUGCUGCCAGAAAGAGGCUUCGACCAAGAAAAUCAGAAAUGAUACAGAGACAGGCAUUGGAGACAGAUGGUAGUGAGGAUGAUGGUUCAGAAGUUAGCUCACCAUGCAAUAAAAAUAAUCAAAAGUCCAAAAUCACGAAGCAGAUUAUCACAGAAAAGAGGUCACCUUUUAAGCAACCAAACAGUGAGAAGCAAAGAUUAAAAAAGCAUGUGUGUAGCAUUUGUGGAAAAGAUUUUGCAAGGGGAGACAGUCUAACUGUUCACAUGCGUGUUCACACAGGUGAUCGACCUUUCCAAUGCGCAGAGUGUGGUGCUGCAUACAAGGUAUCAGGUCACUUGGCCAGUCACAUGCGUACCCACACUGGUGACAGACCAUUCGUUUGUACCAAAUGUGAGAAGUCAUUUGGCUACUCCUCAGCCUUAAGUCGACACAUAAAAACCUGUGGGGUACAAAAAUCCAACCCCAAACUGUUUGAAUGCAGUAAAUGUUGUAAAUGGUUCACCACAGUAGGGAGCAUGAAACGUCACCAAAAGCAGUGUGGGAUGGACAAAGCUACACUGAAAGACCAAGAAGAAGGGAGACCAUUUAAAUGUAUUGAAUGUGAUAGAGAAUACACACAAGCUUCAGCAUUGCGAAGGCACAUGAAGUUAGCUUGUGGCAAGACGAGUCCAGAGAGAGAGAAAGAGAAACUGAAAAAUGCCAGAACAUAUGAGUGCACCGAGUGUAAAAAAAUGUUCAGCAGGGCAGACACCUUUAGAAUACACAUGCGUCUUCACACUGGGGAGAGACCAUUUAAGUGUUCUGUGUGUCAAGAAACGUUUAUUGAAUCACGCCUUUUGAAAAAACAUAUGGAAAAGCACAGUGAAAAUAAAAAGUACAAGUGUACGUCUUGUGACUCUUGGUUCAACUCAACACAGAAUCUUUCACUGCAUGUUAUAAGAGUACAUGCUGGCAUCAAGCCUUACAAGUGUAAAGAAUGUACCAAGUGCUAUGCCAGAGGUGACAAGCUUUCCAGACAUGUAAGACGAGUUCACAGAAAGGAGAGACCUUUCAAGUGUUGUGUGUGUGAAAGGUCAUUUUUUGAAUCAAACACCUGGUUGAAACAUAUGAAAAUUCACACUGAUCCUGAUAGUGUCACUGAAAAUUCCAAGUCAUAUCCUAGGAAACUAAAAGAGUACCAGUGCAAAAUCUGUGAGAAGUAUUAUAUUCUACGGGAUAUGCGAAAGCACGUUUCUUUCAUUCAUCCAGAGAGUUCCCUUGGUGAAGCACUUCAGAUUCCAAUUUUUAAAUGUGAAGUCUGUUUGAUGGAAUUUGUAACAACAGAAGUUCUUCAGAAUCAUAUGCAGAAACAUAGUACAGAGAAGCCUUUCAAGUGUGACUCCUGUAAUGCUGCUUUUUACCGCAAUGCUAUGCUUUUGGUUCACAAGCGUGUUCACACAAAUGAGCGACCACACAUGUGCUCAGAUUGUGGGAAGACAUUUCGCUGGCCGGCAUCCCUCUCGUCCCACAUUCUCACUCAUCACACCAUGGAGGACCGGUAUGAUGCAGAUGGCAACAUUUUGUCGUUUCCAUGUGAAAAAUGUGGGAAAGUGUUCAAACGCAAGGCCUACCUAAAAAUCCACAUGCUCCGGCACCAGACAGUCCGUCCUUAUACCUGUCAACAUUGUGGAAAAGGACAUAUCAAUCAAACACGAUUGAAAAUGCACUUGGCUGUGCAUGAUGGACCCAAACCCUUCUUGUGUGACUUGUGUGGUGUGGGCUUUUUCUACCAGCAUCAAUUGAGGGCUCACACACUUCGUAAGCAUUCUCCCAGAUCAGCUGUGGCCACAAGGACAUGGCUAUGUGCACAAUGUGGAAAAGCCUUAUCUACCAAGGAUUCACUCAAAAAACAUUCUCUUCUCCACUUAAAGUAUGCGGAUGGCAAGAUACCACGGCGGCGUAAGAUGGAGGACACUGCAGUGCAGCUUAAUGCAGAGAAAGACUUGUCAGAGACAUUUAUAGGUAAUGAAGCCCAGGGUACUAUAGCAGAGGUUACCCUGCACCUAGACAUGUACCAGGCUCAUUCACAGCAACAAGGGCUUGCAUAAUCAUAAAUUGUUACCUGGCUAGAGCUGUGUAAUUUAGUGGAUAUCUACUUGUUUAUUAUGGAUCGAAUUCAGGUCAAGUUUUGUUUGUUUUUGACACUGCUUUAUUUGAAAUGGCGUACAUUUGCCAAGAGUACUGUUUUUUACAGGAUUUUAUUUUCACCUCUGUAAUGGAUGACAGGAAUGAUAUAAUGAAAGACUUUCUGGACUGUAUUUGAUUUUUUUGUAUGUGCAUGUGCACACUUGUUUAUGAGAGCAUGCAUAUGUGCAUGUGAACUCCCACCAUGGAAGAAGGAUAAAUGCUAAUUACACUUUCAGGCCGGUUUAUCAAGUAGAUUUAUCUAUUUCGCAUUUUUUUUUGUGCUUCAUAUUGCAGUGGUCAUACUUUUAUGGACAUUGUUAACAAAACAGCUAUAUAGUGUGCAUAGUAGGAAGUGGUUUUGUUGUGGAUGGAAUUAUUUGUUCUGUGAUACUCAGUAAGAUGCAGCUUUUCCAGCCAGUUCCUCAAGUUAACUAAAACUCCUUAGUUGACCAAUGAUGCAAAUAAAGACAGAUGAAGGUGAGGGGUUGAAACAACCCACAUGUCAUAGCCACUGAAGCAGAACUUGAUUUGCCUUGGGAGCACUUUGAGGGAUGGUUGUGUCUUCCCCAUCUUUCAGAUGACAUAAGACUUCUGAUCUCAGAUUUAGCUUCAUCUGGAGUUCCAAACUUGGUAUGAAGUUCAAAAGCUACAAAAGCAUGAUGCACCUUACAGCAAAUGACCUCUGAAAAUUGUCUUUUAGUUAGCCUGUCCCAUGGACAUUCAGACAUCAUCUCUCCUCUCCGAGGCUUCAUGUUGACAAACUCAACAUACGUCUUCAGUACAUUUAUGUCUUAAAUUUUCUUAAGUGCCGUAACAUCUUCACUUGUAGUACAGCGCUACACUCCUCAGACUAGAACAUACACUUUUAACUUUUAUAUCUUCUUCAUUGUUCUUUCCAUUCUUUAAUUAAAUCUAACCUCUGGGCCUCCUGUAGGACUGAAGUCCCAUGAACACACCCAACCUAGGUUAACUAUUACCUUAGGCUGGUUCAAUGCAGCCGCUGCCUUCACUAGUAUCUAUAACUAGUAGAAAAGAUUAACAUUGUGCCAUUGUAUAUUCGCAUGUCUGUUGUGUGAUAAGCAUAUCAUGCAUAUGUACUUACAAAUUUUAUUUACUUUACGUAACAGGGUAAACAUGCAGCUGUCAUAUGGCCUUAGUUACUGGCAUGGCAUAAAGCACAAACGUGUAUGUGCAUGGUGUGGGUUGUUAAAUUGCAUUCAACCUUCAUCUGUCAUUUUCUUGUCACUAUCAUCAACAGUAAUUGGUUAGCUAAGGAGUUUUUGUUAACUUGAGGAAAUCGCUGGAAAAGCAGCUCUUUAUUAUCACUGAACAAAUAUUUCCUUCCACAACAGAACCACUCCCUAUUAUGCCCAUUACUGAUAAGUGUAAAGUGCUACAUUAUAUUAUUCUUGCUUUGGUGUUGCCCAAGAUGUUGGAUGUAGCAUCAUCAAGCUUUUCACUUGAGUUUUUGGCACACAUCACUGAUAUGAUUUCUGAAAAUGUUAUUUUUAAAAUGGUAUUUUAAAUAUUUCUGGCUGAUGAAAAUUGUUGUUCCUACUGUGGCCACUGAUCUCAUAAACUACAGAUGUAAUUUACACCAGCAAAUGUUUUUAAGAAGGCAGGCUUUUCAAAAUGCUAUCGAAUUCUUGUGUUCUGCUUGGCAGCUGCGGCAAAGAAAAGUAAAGCUUUACAGCACUCUAGAACCUAGUGUUGUGAAUGUAGCUGCCUCUUGAUGGAUGUAAACUUAGCUGGAUAUUUCUGUGCAUUUUGUUUUUAAUGUCAACUUAGAACUGUUGUUACUUGAUGGUAUAAAAUGUGCUUUUUAGUAGACUUUCUUUUUCUUCCUUAAAAUGGUAAUCAGGUGUACCCAUAUCUGUUGGACAGCUCAGUUCUUAUAGGAUUUUUAUUGGAAUACAGGAUAUUUAAUACAUAUGCACACUGUUCUUUUUGCUCUUGAGAUUAUUUUUUAUAGUUAUCUCAAAUGAAACAUUUACAUAUCUACUUAAAAAAAAAAAAUUAGUUUAAAAUCCCAACAGUGCUGUUUUGGUCAGCCUCUUGUACUUUUAGUUAUCAUUGAAAAAUUCUCAUUUCUUCCUAAAAUAAGGUGUUAUUUUUGACAAUUGAGUGCUAGAACCAGCUCUAAUAAUUAUUCCUACCCAAAUAUUUGUUCAUUGUUCUUCCUUUAUCUAGAAAAACUGGUAUCUUGGUGCACAUCUAUAUUUUUUGUUGUUGGGAGUUUUAGAUUUUAUCUACUGAUGUCAAACUUUGCUAACAAUACCUUAAAGUUUAAAAUUUGCAUAGCAGCAGUGAGAGAAUCGGGGGAACUAAUAGAUCUAACAGCUUGCUUGCGCCAUCUAGACCACAACAGCACAGAGAUAUUCCACAGUUUCUUUUAUUGCAUCUUUGAAAAUGUACAUUCAACUUAUACAAACAGCAAAAAGAUUGUCAGAUAAUGAUGCAAAAACAGCACUGCAUGCGGCAUACACACUGGCUGUGGUGGGAGACAACUGGCCAACAGCAGUAUGUGAUAUAUGUUCUAUACAGUGACCAGAUGCUGUCGCAUAAUAACUUGAACUUAAAAAAGAAAAAAGAAA